UGCAGAUUUUAAGAUGGCAGCCUCCAUGGUCGCUCGCUCAACGAGCGAGUGCUCCGAGGGAAGUGGCGCAAACGACUGUGAAUUGCAACAAGAACUUGGGCUUUUGGAGGCCAUUUAUGUCAAUGAAUUAAACGUGGACUACAGUGACAGUGGGGUUCCUGAUGAGUUGAGCAUUGUUCUUCAUCCAGCCACCGCGGGCAACGUUGACCAGCAAUACGUGUGUCUAACCCUCAACCUCCAGUUACCAGAACAGUACCCACAGAGACUGCCAGAGAUCACUGUCAGGAACCCGAGAGGGGUGUCAGAUGAACACAUUGCCAGCCUGGGUGCUAAGCUGAACCAGAUAGCUGCAGAGAGACAAGGUGGGGCAAUGCUGUAUGAACUCAUUGAGGUUGCUAAGGAGAGCCUGACCAGUAACAACACUCCCAGCUGCCAGUGCGUGAUCUGCCUGCACGGUUUUACAGAGACGGACGUCUUCACCAGGACACCUUGUUAUCACUACUUUCAUAGUCAAUGCCUGGCCCGCUACCUCAAGCAUGCCCAGGAAAAUGAGGAGGAGUGCGUCUGUGCCGUCUGUCGAGAGCCAGUGAGCUGUGACCUCGCCCAGCUGGAGGGCGCCCCACCUCCAAGCUCUCUCCAGGAAGUGUACACCCCCAAUAAGGCCAUUCACGACAUGCAGAGAAAGAUGGCUGCCCUCUAUAAGCGACAGAAGGAGAAGGGUGGAAUCAUUGACGUGGAGGCUGAGAACAAGAAGUUCCUGAUACAUAUCUCACAGUCGCCAACGCUGCCAGCAAAUGUUGGGAUAACACCGGUUGCAGCACUGCCACAGAAUCAAGCCAGGAGAAGUCCCGUGUCACUGAGCGACAUGAGGAGAGCCCCACCCACUGAAGAAGGAAUGAAGGAAUUGCCCAAUGAAAGCGCAAGGUCUGCCGUGCAGGUGGAUAAGAAAGAUGCCAGUGAUGCCAAAGGGAGUCGACCCAGAUCAGCCCACAGGAAUGACUUCAAACAAGGUGGGAGGGGUGGGGGUUGGGGUCAGGGGUCAAGGGGUAGAGGUCAGAGACGACCUGGUGCCAGAGAUCACCACUCAACAAAUCCGGGCAGUGGCAGAAGGUCAGAGUUCAAAGGACAACGUGUAAACAAUGAAGCUUCAGCAAAGUACACAGGUAGUGAGAAUACACCUGACCGAUCAAAUUGCAAGACUGAAAAUGCAGAUGUUAUUGACCAAUCAAAAGAGUUUUCUAAAAAGGCUCCCAUGCAUGCACUGGGUACAAGAAGUAAAGAUCAGCAUCAUUGGUCAGGAAGACAGAAAAAUAAGUUUUCAGAGGGAGAAAACAGACAUUCUAAGGAAGAAAUUAACGGCGGAUUGAAUGAGACCUUGCCCAAACCAAAUGAGGAAGUGGCCAAAGAUGAGAAAAGGCACAAGAAUAAAAAGAAAUCUGGGAAACUUGAGCAAGAACGAGCUGAAAAUACUCCAUUGAAAAGCAGCUCAGGCAUGCAGCAAGAGGGUAGAACCGCAUCUUCAAAGCAUGAAGUAGAUGAAAACAAGUCGUCUUUGGAUAGAGAUUCAAGGUCAAAGGUCAGUGGCACAAACAGUAAUCAAGAGUCACCUUCCAGAAAAGACGGGGAGAAUCGUCAAAAACGUAGGCAUGGUGGCAGAAACGGUGCCCCUAAAGUGGAGACAGGAUCUUCACAGAAAGCUAACAGGAGCAGCAACAAAGGGCCAAGGAAAUUAGAUGAAAACAGUAGACAAGAUUGUGGUAGCCAUGAUGACAAGCAACAUACUGACAGUGCAAACAGUGAUAUUACAGGAGCUGACCACGAAAUUGGUAGUGGACGGACGAGGCGCAGAAAUCGCAACAGAAGAGGAGAGACUAGCCAGUCAAAGAACUCACCACAGAGCGACGUUCAGGGCAAAGGUCAGGAUGACACAUGUGAAAGGUCAAAGGGCAAGGCAGACAUUGAGGAGAAGAGCGAAAAGAAAGGUUCUGCUAAUGUGAAGAUUGCAGUUGCAGAGGUCACAUCUCAAGAGGGUGGGUCCAAAUCUGAAAAAUGGAAACCAGACAGAGGACCACCCCCAGGCUUCAGCAAGAGGACUAUUAGUCAUCAACCAGGCUGGAAACCCACAUCAGUCAAGCCUCCUCCAGGAUUUGAGAAUGUUAAGUUAUGACACGUGGCCUUUUGCCUUAAAGGUCUUCUGCCCAAAGAGAGGAAUAUAUUACCAAAAAGAAACUAAAAAGGUAAAGUCUGAUACAUACUUGUAGGUGUGAAAAUUCACAUUGAUUGUAAUUUCCCUUCAAUUAUCCCAAGGAAUGUGAAAGGAUUUCUCCAUUGUACUUUUUUUGUGUAAAUUUGAUAGUUUGGCCGCUUGUAGAGAAAUAUGCAAACAGUAAGAACAGUUGCUGUCAGUUCACCGCACAUUUACUAAGAGUAUUCCACGUUUCCGAUGAUGCACUUUAGAGAAAUAUUUACAAAUGAAGCUCAUUUCCUCGUGCAAUAAGUAGGUUAUGUGGGAUUCCAACCACUCUGAUUAAAUCUACCAUCAAGUGUUUCAACAUUUUGAUUUUGAUUGAGUCACGAUAGUGGAGCUUGAGUUGUACUGUAGUGGUGUGCAUUCAUGGGUAGUUGAGCAACCAGGUAUGUGACACCCAUAAUAGGUGGGCACCCGGGUAACUGUAAUUAUUGUUUUUCCAACGCAUCCAUGCCCACAUUUUACUAUGAAGCUGCUGUUGGCAGUGGGAAUAGUUGGUCUUAAACAACGGGCAUCUCUUUCCCUGAGUGUCACAGUAAUUGUCAUCUCCAAUGUAGACGAUGGGGAAUUGUCGGUACACGGUCUCAAAAGAUGUUUUAUUCAGAUUUUUUUCCUGUAAUUUUCUGGCAAGUAAUCAGUAGACAAAGGUGCAUGGCUUUUUAAAAUGCUGGAUCAAAAUUUCACCAAAACAGUAUCGGGUAAUAUGCAGGGUUGGCUGAUUUGAAUCACCGAUUUAAAUCAUUUUACAUCGCAUGAUUUUUUUGGGGAAAAAAUCAUUGAUUUAAAUCAACAUAUUUAAUUCUGGGGGAAAAUCUUUGGGGUCUUGCACAUUGUAAACAGCAAAUCCCCCUCUCUGAGCCGUCCAGUUCCUAGUAUUAAAGAAGUAUUUAUGCACACGUGUUACACAAAAUCUGAGUUGGCAAAAUGUUUUGUUCAAUUCAAUUCACUUGUCUUGAUUUAAAUCAGCUUUUUGGAUUCAGUAAGUGAAAUGGAUGUGAAGGAUUCAUCAUCGUGAUUUAAUUUGACUUCAUUUGAAUCGCCCACUUGAGAGUUUGACAUGGUAAAAUAUCGGUGUACAUCUACCUUUUGUAUACAGGUAUGCAUGUAUUUUAUUGACAUUAGAAACGUUAGUCACUAUGCAGUGUAACUAAAACCACUAAAUACAUGUACCCUUUAAUAAAUGCCCUUAAUGAAGUGAUUUUUAAUCAAGCGUAAGUCAUUGCUCUGUGGAGCUGGAUCACAAACAAAACGAGACUGCUUUUUGCUCAUAGAGCAAGGUACAAUACCAGCAUUUUGUACACUGUAGCAUGCAAAAUACAUUCAUGUACCUGUUGGUCAUGGCUUGUCUCUCACUCAGUAGUCAUUUGAUGCAUGAAUAGAUACCCUGUUAACAAAUUCAUGUAAACUCUAGUGUUAUCAAAACUUUGAGUUGGCUUGAAAUUCUUGUAUGCACUUUAUCCUUGGUACAUGUACAUGCUCAUGUCUCUGAAGGAGAGUCUUCUCUUCGGUCACAUGUACUAAGACAUGUACUGGGACAAGGCUAAGACAUGGAGGUCUGUGAAUUUAAUCAAACUACUUGAUUUAAAUGUCUUAAUUCAAAUCCAAACUUGUUUAAUUUGUGUAACAAAACAAGUAAAUAAAAGAAAACUAUCACACGUGCAACUAA